AUGGACCGACCAUACAAAACGCCUGGGUCUGUUAAGAAGGCCCGGGAACAGGUCCAAGGCAUGUUAGCAAGGGACGCAAAAGAACAGCCACGGAUGCAACAGAACCCGAACCCGAACCCGAACCCCUUUGAGUCCUCGAUACCGUUGCAACCACCGCUGCCCGGGUAUUCUCGAACUAGGUUCGCGAAGAAUAGAAUGCCUCCGGGCCAUGAUCCAAAGUCUGGCCAGAAAAUAUCAAGACCGGCACAGGUGCCACAGUGGCCGCUCACCAAUAGCAAUACCUCGCCGUCAGCUUUCAUAGACUCGAAUUUGUCGCGGUCUUCCCUCCCAAAAUCGCAAGAUAGACCUCAAAGGCCUCCGAGACCCAGCCAGAGCAGAAUCCCCUCGAUACUCGACCAAUCGAAACCACAACAACCGACUCCUGUUUUCAUCUCUCGACCAGUCCUCCCGGGUAGCCUUCAAGACAAGAACACCAAUUACAACAUCUCUGCCCCGACAGCUCCAUCAGAGACCUCUACGCGGCGAACUCUAUCAUCUGUGGGAUCCAUACCCGACUUUCCCAUACCGAUUCCCGCGAGUUCCUCGGCACCACCCAGGAAGAGUGCAAACCUGGGACCUCCGCCUUCCAGCCGAAGGGGGCAGUCAUCCUUUUAUUCAAGCGCGUCUUUAGUUUCUCCAAUACCUGAAGAAAGUCCCCGGUCGAGAUCUCAUGGAUCUUACGCGUCGAGUGCGGCUAUGCCUGAAACAUGGCCUGGAUCACCUGAGAUGGGUAGCCCUGGCUAUAACGACGCAUUCUACGAGGAAUCAAUAACGGAAAAAAGCAGGGAAUCUGGAGAUGACGAGUUUGAAGACGAGAGUCAAUUAGUUCAAAAUGAAGUGUAUCGGCAGCAUAAGCCGGCGUUGAUCACUGCAAAUGGGGUCAGCGAUUUUGGCACAAGUGGCAGAAAAGACCCGGCACAGGCGAAGACAGCACUGGAGGAUGACGGCUACAUUAGUCCAGCAACAAGUCUAUCCGAAACUGCUUCUACAAUCAAAAAGCCACGAGCAUCGUUGAUCAAGAUUUCUAGUAGGGAGAGUCUGGCCGCAGAAGUUUCUCCGCAGCCUUGGGGCACAGCGAGUUCAUCGGAUCUUGGAGAGUCUGUGCAACUUAGAGAUGUCCCUCGACAACAAACUCGGCUGUCGGCCAUGAGGCGGCCGCCCAGGCUGGAUAUCGAUGCAGUCCGCGCAGCGGAGUCAAGGGGGAGUCUAACAAGUUUGCCUGAUCUUAUUCGCCGUGCAACCAGAUUGGCAGCUAUGAUUGACAAGGGCAAACGACCGGCAAGUAGGCUCGACAUUAUGGACGGGUAUCUCGCAGAAAAAGGUAGCUAUACACCUCAGAAAUGGGCCCAGUGUUGGAUCUAG